CCACCUUUAAGAACUCUGCAGCGACCGUUACGUAACGUCAGUUCAUACGUAUGAUGUCAUUGGUGAGACCUUUCCCCCAGUACAACCAGCAUAGGAAACCUUUGUCCGUCGGUCUCUGAGAGCGGACGGCUGCUAGCGGGGAAAAUGUCUCGGGCUGCGGAAAGACUCCGGACGGUGAUCCAUCACCUGGACGGAGCUACGGCUUCGAUCAGAGCCUCCCCAACAUCCGCUCAGACCCUCACCUACAGCCCCCCUCAGAAACUGAGAUACUCAUUUGAUACAGGCAUACUGACGCCUGAGCAGCGGCUCUUCUACGAGGAAAAUGGCUUCCUCGUCAUCAAGAACCUGGUGUCUGAGACGGACAUCGACAGAUUCAGGAAGGAGUUCGAACAGAUCUGUCAGCAGAAAGUCAAAGUGCCGGGCCUGAUCGUGAUGAGGGACGUGGCGAUCGCCAAGUCAGAGUUUGUUCCGGAUCAGAGAGCCGUGUCCAAACUCCAGGACUUCCAGGAAGACCCCGAGCUGUUCCGCUACUGUGCCUUACCUCAGAUCCUGAAGUAUGUGGAGUGUUUCACCGGACCCAACAUCAUGGCCAUGCACACCAUGCUGAUCAACAAACCUCCUGAUGCAGGCAAGAAGACAUCUCGCCACCCAAUGCACCAGGAUCUGCACUACUUCCCUUUCCGGCCGACAGACCGCAUCGUCUGCGCCUGGACCGCCAUGGAGCGAGUGACCAGGCAGAACGGCUGCCUCGUGGUCCUGCCCGGAACACACAAAGGCACCCUGAAGGAGCACGACUACCCCGACUGGGAGGGCGGGGUGAACAAAAUGUACCACGGGGUGCGGGACUACGACCCCAACCACCCCAGGCUGUACGUGGAGAUGGAAAAGGGCGACACGGUGUUCUUCCAUCCCCUCCUCAUCCACGGCUCUGGCAUGAACCAGACGCAGGGCUUCCGCAAGGCCAUCUCUUGCCACUACGCCAGCGGUGAUUGCUACUACAUCGAUGUGAGGGGAACCACGCAGGAAAACAUCGAGAGCGAGGUGAAAGAUAUCGCGCUGAAGAAAUACGGGGUGAACGAACUGGCCUUCCAGGACAUGUGGGCCCUCAGGGGUCGCCUGGUGCAGGGAGAGAGGACUUCACUCUGAGGACUCAUCGACUGCUGAAGAGAAAAAAAAAAAAGAAGAAAAAAACUAAUGACUAAGCUCCUUCACCAAAAUUGAAAGGAAAGGGAUAUUAUUC